AUGGGAGCAGCCCUCAUAGACACGUGGAUGGGUAAACAGUCCUUAUCCAGGAAUUCUUUCGUCGAUGAAUUAAUAAAAGCAGCAAAUGGAGGAGCUAUGAUCGUAGCAGGUGUUAGCUUGACUGGUAUGUACUUUAACCCGGCCAUGGCAACUGGUCACAUGUUGGGCUGCAAAGGAACAGAAAUAUGGGAACAUAUUUUGGUCUACUGGGUGGGGCCAUUCGUUGGCUCCUUUUUCCUACCCAACGCACUUUGCCGCUGGAUCCUGCAUCUUUUACAAUUUGCAAUCAAGACAGAGAAAGAAAUAAAGGAAACCAAAGGAGUAAGCUUGCUAAAAAUCUAUCCAAGUCUCAUCCUAUCUAUCUAUCUAUCUAUCUAUCUAUCAAUCUAUCUAUCUAUCUAUCUAUCUAUCUAUCUAUCUAUCUAUCUAAUCUUCUUUCUUUAUAAUCUAUCUUUAUAA